UUUCUAUAGUGUCAGAACACAGCAGUACGCGGAAGAUUUGUAUAUGCAAGGUCGUGUCCCCAACUACGGGGUGAGGGUUUUUUUUAUCUAGCGAAAAUGAUGACAUUUGCUGGUCGUUUUGGGGCUCUUGCCCCAGUGUUGCGGGGAACAAAGCAAUCCGUCAAAUGUGUGGCGUUACCUGGCGCAAAGGACUUGGUUCCUGUUUCUGCUGCUGGAGGAAUCCGACUCGCCCAUACAGACAUCAAGAUCCCUGACUUCACAGAUUACCGCCGUCCCGAAGUCAUCGACCCGAACAAGUCCUCUCAGGACAGCAGCGAGGUGAGGAGGGCCUUCUCCUACUUGUUCACCGGGGCCACCGCUGUGGUUAGCGUCUAUGCAGCCAAAACGGUGGUCAGCCAAUUUGUCUCCUCCAUGAGUGCUUCGGCUGACGUCCUGGCCUUGUCCAAGAUUGAGAUCAAGCUGGGUGAGAUUCCAGAGGGCAAAAACAUGACCUUCAAGUGGAGAGGGAAACCUCUGUUUGUCCGUCAUCGCACAGAGAAGGAAAUUGCAGCAGAGGAGGCUGUGAAUCUCGCUGAGCUCCGCGAUCCCCAGCACGACAAGGAUAGAUUUGUCAACCCUAGCUGGGUUAUCGUCCUUGGUGUGUGCACUCACCUGGGAUGUGUGCCUAUUGCUAACGCGGGUGACUAUGGCGGCUACUACUGUCCUUGCCAUGGAUCCCACUACGAUGCUUCAGGAAGAAUUAGAAAGGGGCCGGCUCCUCUUAACCUGGAGGUUCCCUACUACGAGUUCCAAGAUGACACCGUUAUUGUGGGAUAAAUAUUAGAGCGCUAUUGUAUCUUAAAAGUCUAUCUCCUACUGUAGUAUAUGUUGGAAAAAUGGCUCUAUGUACAAGGUGGAGGUGAAAAUGGUCUAUUUAAUUAUCAAUAAAAACCUGUUUCCUACAA